UUUCUACCUUUUGCUUUCUCAGUCGCCUUCCCUCUCAUUUCUUCUUCUUUUUCCCUCGCAGCAGCCGCAGGGAUCUCUGACCUAAUUGUCCCCUCCUCCUCCUGUUCUUCUUCUUCUCCUCCUCACCUAAUUGUACCUCCUCAUUCAAGAGCCUCUUCAAAAUCUCCAGCCGGAAUAAUCUUUGAUCCGAUCUGUAUAAUAUAGGAAGAAUUAGAUUGAAGAUGAACAAUCCUCCAGGACAAUUCGGAGACACGACUUACACUAAAGUUUUUGUUGGUGGAUUGGCAUGGGAGACCCAAAAGGACACCAUGAAGAAAUACUUCGAACAGUUUGGCGAGAUCUUGGAAGCUGUUGUCAUCACUGACAAAGCUACUGGAAGAUCCAAGGGCUAUGGAUUUGUAACUUUUCGUGAAGCCGAAUCAGCGAUGAGAGCUUGCGUUGAUGCUAGUCCAGUGAUCGAUGGAAGGAGAGCUAAUUGUAAUCUGGCUUCCAUGGGUGUUCAAAGAUCCAAGCCUUCCACACCAAAGCAAGGAGCAGGAGGAGGAGGAAGGAAUAUGAGAAUGAUGGGGGCAUUUCAAGGUGGAGGGUUUCAAGCAACAACUUUUCCACAUUAUGCCAUCCAACAAGGAAUUCCUUACAAUGUUUAUGGGUACCCUCCGUACUCGGCUGAAUAUGCAUAUCCUACGAGCUACUAUGGUUUGUAUGGAGGAUCCACUGGUCAGUAUCCUAUGUAUGGAGGAGGAGCUGGAGGAAUGUUAUCGGCUGCUGCGACUUCCUAUUAUCCUUAUCUGAACCUCGGAGAGGGAAGCGGUGGAGGAGCAACAAGCGGCUACUCAACUACUCAAGGUUACGGUUUUCAGUAUCCAAACCACCUCCUUCACUACUCAGCAAUCAACUCGACCGGGGUUUAUCCACAGCAUUAUGGUACCCCAAUGUCCCUUGCGCCUGCUACUCCGUUGCAAUCAGUUUGUUUUGCUGUUCCACAGGCGUGAACAUGGCUUUGCCCGCACCAAUUCCUCAUCGUUAAUGAAGAAAUUCAUGUUGGUGAUCAAUCAAGAGAGACACAUUCCCAUCUACUUCAUCAGAAGCUUCUGAAAUGCCUUUAGCCUAACCAUGGUUCUGUUUCUCUUUCUCCCCCUCGUGGAAGCCGAUGCGCGUGGCAUUCGGGCAUUACCACACAUGGAUGCCCCCCAUAGGGGCUCAAUCAAAAUUCGGUCUCUUGGUGGGAAAGGUUCCUACAAGAGAACCAAAGCUUGCAUUUGCAUCUCAUUCCCAACUCAUCAAGCCAUGUGAAGGGCUGAUAAGUUGGUUAAAAUAUGUCUUAGUUUAGCCUUGGAGAGGCUAAGGCUAAGCAAUAUGUACAUCCAUUCUGAAAAUUAAGCCGCUGGAAGGCUAACCAAAACAUCCUUUAAAUCAACUUUGUUGAGUAUUGUAAAUUUGAAAACGCUCAAAAUCUUAGACUUUCAAAUUACUAAUCCCUCCAAUAUUUUCUAAGCAUAGCUAUACAAACUUGAAUAUGUAGUGGCAGAUUAGGGAAAAUGGGGCAUUGGACGCCUCAAGUUUUUGUUCGCAUAAGGAUUUUAAAACUCUUUUUUUACCAAUGUUACAUUUUCUUCGAAAAAACAGAUCAUCUCUCCUUAGGGUAAGGGUGAUGGUACUGACUGACUCUUUGCUGUUUUUCUUCUUUGUAUAUUCGUUGAAG